AUGCUCCCGCCGCAACUCCCCGGACCCGCCGGGCACCUCCCGCUCGCCCUUGCCGUCACCGCCUCCUUCGCCAUCAGCUGCAGCGGCCGCUCCCGCCGCCGCCGCCGUGCGAAGCCCAAGCCCAUCGUGUUCCCGCCCCCGCCUCUCCGCCGCCUGGUCUCCUCCUCCCUCCGCCGCCUCCUCCCGCGCCCGCGCCCUCUCCGCGGCGGAUGGCUCGGGCGAAGGGGGAGGCGGAAGGCGCCCGCCGAGGACGUGGUGCUGCUCGUCCUCUCCCUGGCCCUGGGCGACAGGCUCGCCGUCCUCGCGGAGGCCUGGCGCGCGUCGGGGCUGGGCCAGGCGCUCGGCAUCUGGGCGGCGGUGUGGGGAGGAGCGAGGAGGAGGAAGAGGACGAGCGGGCUCCGGAGGCUCGCGGCGCUGCUGCUCGGGAUCGCGUUCUGCGCGCUCGCGUCGCAUUUCAGAGGGGCGGCGUUCCUGGAAGGCCUCCGGAAGACGGGCGGCGGCCGGAAAUUAGCGCGGACUUUCCUGCACUGA